UGGGGUGGAAGGCAGGACUGAAGCUCCUGACUCUCCUCACAGGUCAACUCGAGGUCGGGAAGAUGGCGACAACGCUGGAAGGCUACUUGGAGGGCGUCAUUAAUGUCUUCCACCGGUACUCCGUGAGGGUGGGGCAUUUUGACACUCUCUCUAACAGUGAGCUGAAGCAGCUGAUCACAAAGGAACUUCCAAACAUCCUCAAGAAUACCAAAGAUCAAGCUUCCAUUGAUAAACUAUUCCGAGAGCUGGAUGCUGAUUGUGAUGGACAGGUCAACUUUAGGGAGUUCCUGAUCCUGUUGGCCAGAGUACUGGAGACAGCUCAUCAACAUAUCCACCAAAAUUAGGAAUGUGUAAAAGGAUUUCUCUCCUAGCAA